GAGUGGGAGUCAGAGAAGGGCUCUUGGAGAGGGUUGGGCUUUGUCAGGAGCUGAGGGAGCCUCGCUGAGCUAGGGGUACCCUGGAGGCCAGAAGCCUUAUUGAGGUGCUAGAGAUAGGAUUCCUUCACAUGAAAGUUCAAGAGAGCCUUGGCAGAAGCCACAUGGGGGGAUGUGCCCGGGGUCAGGGACCCUAGGCAAGGAUCCUGGGGUGUGGCAAAGGGUAGAGACCAAUCCAUCUGAAAGCCCUGUACAGGCUAUGGGCCUCAAGACAGCACUGCCUGCAGCUGAGCUGGGUCUCUACUUCCUGGUGCUGAGUGGGUCCCUGGCCUAUGCUGGCCGGGGCCUCCUUGAAGCAUCGCAAGAUGGGGCCCACAGGAAGGCCUUCCGGGAGUCUGUGCGACCCGGCUGGGAGUACAUUGGCCGGAAGAUGGAUGUGGCUGACUUCGAGUGGGUGAUGUGGUUCACUUCCUUCCGAAAUGUCAUCAUCUUCGCCCUCUCUGGACACGUGCUGUUUGCUAAACUCUGCACAAUGGUUGCCCCCCAGCUACGCUCCUGGCUGUAUGCCGUCUAUGGGGUCCUGGCCGUGGUGGGCACCAUGGGCCCUUGGUACCUGCUGCUGCUACUCGGCCACUGUGUGGGUCUCUAUGUGGCCUCGCUCUUGGGUCAGCCCUGGCUCUGUCUGGGCCUUGGCCUGGCCAGCCUGGCUUCCUUCAAGAUGGACCCCCUCAUCUCUUGGCAGAGCGGGUUUGUAACGGGCACUUUUGAUCUUCAAGAGGUGCUGUUUCAUGGGGGCUGCGGCUUUACUGUGCUGCGUUGCACCAGCUUCGCGCUGGAGAGCUGUGCCCACCCUGACCGCCGCUACUCCCUGGCGGACCUGCUCAAGUACAACUUCUACCUGCCCUUCUUCUUCUUCGGGCCCAUCAUGACCUUUGAUCGCUUCCACGCUCAGGUGAGCGAGGUGGAACCAGUGAGGCCUGAGGGCGAGCUGUGGCGCAUCCGGGCCCAGGCGGGCCUCAGCGUGGUGGCCAUCAUGGCGGUGGACAUCUUCUUUCACUUCUUCUACAUCCUCACCAUCCCCAGCGACCUCAAGUUUGCCAACCGCCUCCCAGACAGCGCCCUCGCUGGCCUAGCCUAUUUCAACCUGGUGUACGACUGGGUGAAGGCAGCCGUCCUCUUCGGUGUUGUCAACACGGUGGCACGCCUGGACCACCUGGACCCGCCUCAGCCUCCGAAGUGCAUCACUGCGCUCUACGUCUUUGGGGAAACGCACUUCGACCGGGGCAUCAAUGACUGGCUUUGCAAAUAUGUGUAUGACCACCUUGGCGGGGAGCACUCUGCAGUGAUCCCAGAGCUGGGGGCCUCAGUGGCCACAUUUGCUGUCACCACACUGUGGCUUGGACCUUGUGACAUUGUCUACCUGUGGUCAUUCCUUAAUUGCUUUGGCCUCAACUUUGAGCUCUGGGUACAGAAGCUGGCAGAGCAUGGGCCUCUAGCACAAGUUGAGGUAAGGCAGGGGAGGUAUGGGUCUGGGAUGGACUGGGCUGGGGGGGUCGCAGGACAGGGUGGCACUGCUGCUUUCUGGAAGUGUCCAGCCACACCUGAUCUCCAUUCUAGAACUUUCUCACCACCCACUUCCUGGUUGUCAGGGCAAUGGCUUGUCCCCCGGGGAUCUGGCCCUCCCUUCUUUCUGUGGAUCAGGCCCAACACACCUGGGCCUGGCUGUGUUUGUCAGUUCUUAUCCACUCUCCAGGACUCAGUUUCCCCAUGUUUCACAUUGAGGGAGAGCUGGACUGAGACUCCCAGAGACCCAGGAAUAUCCCCAGAAUGAGUGGCCCAGGAGGCCAGGCCACUGACCAACCAUGUUCUCUUUCCUUUGGGCCUCUUGCCUUGCUGCGAAUUCUGUCCUGGACGGGGCAGGCCCGUCUGUCAGAGCAGAUGUCCCGUAGGGUGCGGGCUCUCUGUGGGGCCGUAAACUUCUGGGCCAUCAUCAUGUACAACCUUGUGAGCCUGAACAGCCUCGAGUUCACAGAACUGGUUGCCCGACGUCUGCUACU